AUGGCCGUGAGACAAAACAUAAAGAAAAUAGACCCCACUCGCGCUGGCCUAUCUCGAGAAACAUCAAUGGAAUAUGCUAGGAUUUACGAUCAUUUAACCCCAAAACGUCAACAACUUUUGGUUGCUGCGAAAAAAUUUAAAUCUGACAACAACUUCAGUUAUUGUUGGACAAAAAAUUCUACAAUCUAUCUCCGGAAGACUAAAGAAGCAAGGGCAAUCAAAAUCAAUGAUAAUCACGACUUGGAGACCUUAAUGAAUGAACAGGGAC